CCCAGUAUGGAUGGCUUGGUGGAGCAGAACAGCGUGCUAAUGCACAAUAAGAUCACUGAAGCUGGGAAAAGGAAUGGUUUAAUUAAUACAAGGAACUUAGUGGCGGACAGCCGAGAUGGUCUGGUCUCUGUGUACCCGACCCCCCAGUACCAGAGCCACCGAGUGGGCAGCGGUUCCUCUCCCAGCCGCCUGGAGAACGGCAGGAAUGACCCCGUGCAGCAGCUCCUGGACCCCAACAUGCUGCAGCAGACGGUGGAGUCUCACUACCGGCCCAACAUCAUCCUCUACUCGGAGAAUGUGCUGCGCUCGUGGGGCGAGAGCAUCGGCUCGGAGUGCUGUGAAACUACCUUCAUCGAGGACCGCUCUCCCACCAAAGACAGCCUGGAGUACCCGGACAGCAAGUUCAUCGAUCUCUCAGCAGAUGACAUCAAGAUUCACACCCUCUCCUAUGAUGUGGAGGAAGAGGAGGAGUUCCAGGAGCUAGAGAGCGAUUACUCAAGUGACACCGAAAGCGAAGACAAUUUCCUGAUGAUGCCACCAAGAGAUCAUCUUGGCCUCACUGUGUUCUCCAUGCUCUGCUGCUUCUGGCCAUUGGGAAUCGCUGCCUUUUACCUGUCUCAUGAGACAAACAAAGCAGUAGCCAAGGGGGACUUCCACCAUGCAAGCUCCAGCUCCCGGCGAGCACUCUUCCUGGCUGUUCUGUCCAUCACAAUCGGAACUGGCAUCUACGUUGGGGUGGCCGUGGCUCUUAUUGCCUAUCUGUCCAAAAACAAUCACUUAUGA